UUCACACCGUCUCGGUCUCAGCCUGCUGCAGACACAGGAAAAGAAAAAAAACCUUCUCUCAUCUUAUCUUCUGACUACCUGAAGAUAAUAAAAAAACCGUCUUCCUUGUAUACGCACACACUUGGAUACUGUGUCCCUCUAUCACAUACAGCACAAGAGUGCAGGAUGCUGUAAACAAGGAGACACAGCGAGCACGUGCCUGGAUCACAUGCGGACAAUCAGCACUCAGUUGGCUCUGCUUAGGUAGCUGUGGUGGUGGAAGGCGCUCCGAUCUAACAUCACACUGUGAGCUGUAAACAUGGAGCCUCUGGAGGAGUACCACUCACCGUUUGACUUUGAGCAAGGAGUCAACACCAGCUACCUCUACCUCUCUCCAGCCUUCAGCGACACGCCGCCCAGCUCGCCAGUCCUCAAAGGCAGAGGUUCCCAGCAGCAACCAGACUCCAUCCCAGAGGUGGGAGAAGAUGCUGUGACCUCUGUCACUCCCUCUCCCCCUCCCCCCACCAUGACAGAGGAGGAGCGGCAGGAGCUACAAGAAGAGUUGGUCAAGGUUGAGGAUGAGAUACAGACUCUGUCCCAGGUGCUUGCAGCUAAGGAGAAGCAACUGGCGGACAUAAAGAGGAAGUUAGGCAUCACGCCUCUCAAUGAGCUCAAACAGAACAUCAGCAAAACCUGGCAGGAGGUCACCGGCUCCACGGCCUAUAGGAGGACUUCUGAAACUCUCUCUCAGGCCAGCCUGAAGGCCACAGCAGCGUUCUCUAAUGUGGGCUCUGCCAUCAGCAAGAAGCUGGAGGAUGUCAGGAAUGCACCGACUUUCAAGUCAUUUGAGGGGAGAGUGGAGACCUUGAAGACCAAGAUGGGUCCACCAACAUCCACCUCAAACCCCGGCGACCAGAACAGCGACACUCCCACCGCCGAGCCUUUGACUGAAGACUCGCCCACCCCAGAGCAACCGAUGAACUGAGACCUCCCAAACCCCCCCUCCUGACCUCCCUCCUGACCCCUCCCCACUUGACCUUCUAACCCCCCUCGGAACACCAACACUCGCCCCCCCUAAACCUUUGUGUGCCAGUCCCUCUUUAUUGGAAACAAAUGACUUACCCCAGCCUUCUUUGUGAUCUAAUUGGUCUUUUUUUUUCUGGCACGUGCGCUCACUUGUUAACCGGUGUGGAAACAGAAAGUGUCUGCUGGGGGGGGGGGGGCAGCGGGCAGCGGGCUUGUGGUCUUGUGCCGGUCGUUUGAGUCUUUUCUGGUUCUCUGUGGGAGAAAGCCUCCCUGCUGUAUGGAUGUUCUUCCUCUAGCACUUCUCAUUCCUCUGCCUUUGUCUAACCAGCGGAUGCCAAACACCUCGUUCACUCUGUCUUUGUGGAAUUAACUCUUUCACAGUUUGUGUUGGUUAAAGUGAAGGAAGUUGCACAAAUAUAGAAAGAUAUACAUUUACAAACUUGAGUAGAAAAAGACGUAAAAAACAUCUUUUUUUUUUUUUGUGAGCCAGGCAGUUUUCGGCUUUUGCUUCUGCAUGGCCCUUUAAUAAUAUAUGUUGGAGUUAUUGUUAAAAACGUGUUUUGCACUUUUGUCUUUUGUUUUGUCUGCGUCCAAUCUGGGGCCAUUCUUUGUUUACUAUGGGUUAACAUUUCGAGGGCAAGUUUCAUUUGUGUUGUAUUAAUCCUAUAGGACUAAACAUAAAUGAGUCUAACACUGUGUUCCAAAUAUGAAUGUAUACAUGUUAUAUCACACACAGAUAGGUACAACACUUCCACCCACAGUACUGAGCUGCUGAUGUAAGAUCAAGAGCGCAGCCUGUCGUGAGGUAGAAAAACACGCCUCACAAUAUAAAAGCUUUGCUCCAUUGUUAAGAGUGUGUCACAACACAACGAUCUCCAUGUCAAGAUAGUUACAGGAAAACAGCCAACAUCAGCAACACACAGCGGCAGAGCAAACACACAGUCAAGGUUCAGCCCUGACCCGAGGUGGGAGUGAAAUAAAUGUGUCUCUUCCACAGCCAGAGUCAAUAUUUAAACACUCGUCCAUUGUUUCUGUGUGGGAGGCAACACCUAACCCACAGCCCUGUUUUGUACUGAAAGAAAAAAAAAGUGAGACCAAAUACUUCACGCAAUGUUUUUUUUUUUUUUUACAUUUCUACAGAAAUAUAGUAUAAAAAAAGAAGGUUAAUACUCAUUUUGGAAUAAUCUGAUAAUAACUUUGCCAUUUCAGUUUUUUACCCAUGCUAGCAGCUUUAACCCUUUGUGCCAGACUGAAGCAUCUUAACAACUAUUUGUUUACUGUAACAUUUCAAACAUACUUCCUUCCACCUUGUGCCAUCCCGACGCUCAGUCUUUUUGUAUCGAGUGUAAUAUCAACUUUUUGAUGAAUUGCAAUUUACAUUACAUUUAGUGUUUGAAUUCAUUUUAGCCUCUGUGCUGCUUUGGUUUAUUGCUAAUAAUAAAAUGUGACUCUUGCCACACACUUUUCUAGUCCUCCAUUAUAUCCAGGGCUACAGCUGGAAGUUAAAUAAAACCUGAAGGGCAAACAGAGAAUAUCUAAUACAGCCAAGGUUUUUCUGGGUACACAAAUGGUGGAACGCAAAGGUUUAACACAGAUUGCUGACACUACCUGGUACAAGUCUUCCCCUGCUGGUGGACCACGGUCUAAACAGGACUGUGGAUCAGCUCUACCCUCUUCAGUUUUGACUGUUUGUAAUGCAAUUUGCCUCACAGACAUAGACAUAGACACAGACAUAGUGUCAACAACAGCAGUGUUUUGCUAGUCUGAGUUGACAGUAAUAGGUUUUAAACGGUACUUCAGGUUCCCAUGUCCCCGUGUAACUGCAGACAUGACCCGGUUCACUGAGAGAAUCUGUCUCAGCCUUUCAUCUCAGUCAGUACCGUUUACCAGUAUACAGUCACACACACACACACACACUGGAUCUGUUUGUACUUUCAUUGGAGCCAUGAAGUGAAGAAGUGUACUCUAAUUAAAAACACCUCUGAAGUAACCUUAA